CACAGCAGUGGCUGUAGCUCUGUACAGCGCAGACACAGCUCUUCUGCGAUCAGGGUCAGUCUGCUAGUUUGGCAGUUCAGAAACAACAGCACCACAAUGAGUAUGGCUACAGGACAAGGCGCAGCAGUACCUUGGCGAACAUACGUUCAGGAUCUUAGUAGUCGUGUGUGGGUCCUUCAUAACAAUGUCCUCACUGCAGUCCCAAGGAAAGAACGGACCGUUCCAGUCACUGUUACCUUAAUCCCGUGCCUAUAUCUGGAGACUCUUGAGAAGGACAAGGGGGAUCCCAUGUAUCUGGGAGUGAACGAACCUCAGUGCUGCCUGUUCUGCACAAAGGAUGAAGGACAGCCUGUGCUGCAACUGAAGAAAGGAGACAUAAUGGAACUGUACCGCCAAAAGGAACCUGUAAAACCCUCUCUCUUCUAUCACAACAAGAAUGGCACAACCUCAACGUUCGAGUCUGCAGCCUUCCCUGGUUGGUUCAUUGCUGUCUGCUCCACAGGAAGCUGUCCACUCUUUCUGACCCAAGAGCUAGGGAAAACCUCCAUCACUGACUUUCAGAUGAGUACAGUGCAUUAAAGUCAAUCUUAUAAUGGAUGUUGCUUCCCAAGCAGAGAACCCUGUCUUUGCUUCCACCAUUCUAGCUCUCAAAGCCCUUCCUUCAUGCAUGAACAUUGUUAUCCUGUCCAAUACUUUAAGGAAAGACAGCUUUGCUCAUGCUAUGCUGGUUAGUUUGUGUCAAACUGAAACAAGAUAGACUAUAUCUGGACACAGGGGUCUUUUCUGAGACUGAUUCUCCAACCAAGGACCAUGAAUGGAUAUAACCUAGAACCCCUACUCAGACAUAGCCCAUGGCAGCUCAGUGUCCAAGUGGGUUUCCCUGGUAAGGGGAACAGGGACUGUCUCUGAAAUGAACUCAGUGGCUGGCUCUUUGACUCCCCCUCUCCCCCAAAGGAGGAGCAGCCUUGCUAGGCCACAGAGAAGGACAUUGCAGCUAGUCCUGAUGAGACCUGAUAAACUAGGGUCAGAUGGAAGGGAAAGAGGAUCUCCCCUAUCAGUUGACUUAGAGAGGGGCAGGGAGGAGAAUGAGAGAGGGUGAGUGGGAUUGGGAGGGAAUGACGGAGGGGGCUACA